GUCGAGCAAGUGGAUAGAGCCAUGUGCCAGGUAGAGAAGUACAAAGAAAGAAAACAUCGUCUGGAAUGCGGGCUAAAAUUUGGGAAGCUUACCAUCCUACUACAGCGUCGGGGGAACGGGGAUCGAGGGGAUGGGGGUUCCCAUGUGGCCAGCCUCGACCUCCAAGCACUGGCAGCAGAGCGUUCAGACGUGCUGGCUACGACGCAAGUGUUAAUGUACCUACUCAGCAAACACGGCUACUUGCAGAGCAGUAGGCAGCAAAAUGUGCUGCCGGGGGUGACGGGAGACGGGGGUAACGUCCGUGCUCAGCAGGAUGGGCGACGGAAGCCGGACGGCCCGUCGAGUCAGCAGCAGAUGCGGGGCGCCAACCAGGUUCGACCCUGGUCAGUGGAUCCCGGAGCACCUCAUGGCCCGCAGCACGCAGCCCGUAGGACUCCGCUCACACCCAGCCCAGCGAGCCCUGUCCAGAGCGCGGUGGAAAUAACGGACGACGGAGUGCUGGACCUGGGGCUUCCAAGUCGUAUGGGCGUCGCUCCCUAUGGAGUACUCACACCUGAGAAGGAGGCUUUGCUGAGAAGUGAGAGAAAGGUGAGGGAGAUUAAGGGACCACUCGAGUGCAAAGCAGACCCUGAAUUCUCCAGACUACUACUUCAAAAACAUCUUUCUUCUCUGGAGACAGUCGACUUAAGAAAGGUAAGACAGGGCG